UGAGUCGAGGUAUCGGCGAGACGCGUCGGCUCUGUUGGGGAUCGGGGGAGAAAGACGAGACCUACCCUCCACGGACCAGAGCACGGGGUAGUCGUAGCAGUUGCUGACGGCGGUUGAGUCCGUGAAGCAGGAUCUCCACAGGCUGGACCAGAACCAGGCCACCUUGAUGAUGGAGGAGCCGCCCAUGCCCCCGAUGGCGGUGAUCUUCCAGCCCUCCAUGGCCAUGGUGCAGGCCACGAAGAUCCAGCCCAAAAUGGUCAUCAGGAAACCCCAAAUCUGGACCACGCGGAUCUUCAUCUUCGACGCUCCAGGAGCCGUCGCAGCCGCCUCAGCCGCCUCGGGGCCCCGGACGCCGACAGAAAUGUGAAAGUGAAGCGGGCUGAAGUUACGUCACUGGCGCCGGAGGACCGUAUUGAGAGAAGGAAGCCACCGCGCGAGCGUGUGGUCACCAUGGAGAACGCCGGGAAAAACCCCAAGACGAACCCCGCGGCGGAGGCGAACUUUCUGUCCUUGAUAGUCUUCUGGUGGCUCAACCCUUUGUUUCGCACCGGGUACAAGCGCAAGCUGGAAGAAGAUGACAUGUACGACGUGCUCCCCGAGGACCGGUCCGAGCACCUGGGACAGAGCCUGCAGAGACACUGGGACCUGGAGCUGGAGAAGACGACCAAAGAGAUGCACACGCCGAGCCUCUCCAGGUGCAUCAUCCGCUGCUACUGGAGGCCGUACGCCAUGCUGGGCUUCUUCACGCUGGUGGAAGAGGUCAUCAAAGUGAUCCAGCCCCUCAUCCUGGGCAAGAUGAUCGAGUACUUUGAGAGCUACGACCCGCUGAACAUGACGGCGCUCUACGAGACGCUGGGCUACGCCACCGUCAUGUCUCUGUGCACCAUCGGCCUGUUCCUGCUCCACCACCUCUACUUCUACCACGUCCAGAGGACGGGCAUGAAGAUCAGAGUGGCCAUGUGUCACAUGAUCUACAGGAAGGCUCUGCGUCUCAGCAGCUCGGCCAUGGGAAAGACCACCACGGGCCAGAUCGUCAACCUCCUCUCCAACGACGUCAACAAGUUCGAUGACGUGACCAUAUUCCUGCACUACCUGUGGGUGGGGCCCCUCCAGGCAGCGGCGGUGGUGGGCCUGCUGUGGCUGGAGAUCGGCCCGUCGUGCUUGGCCGGCAUGGUGGUCCUCAUGUUCCUGUUGCCCACGCAGACCAUGUUCGGAAGGCUCUUCUCCAAGUUCAGGAGCAAGACGGCGGUCCUCACGGACGACAGGAUCCGCAUCAUGAACGAGGUGGUGUCCGGGAUGCGGAUCAUUAAGAUGUACGCCUGGGAGAAGCCCUUCGCCACUCUGGUCUCUGAGGUCAGAAGAAAGGAGAUCUCCAAGAUCAUGAAGAGCUCCUACCUGCGAGGCCUCAACAUGGCCUCCUUCUUCUGCGCCAGCAAGAUCAUCCUCUUCGUCACCUUCACCCUCUACGUCCUGCUGGGCAACACCAUUACCGCCAGCCGCGUGUUCGUGACGGUGGCGCUGUACAGCGCCGUGCGGCUCACCGUCACGCUCUUCUUCCCCAGCGCCAUCGAGAAGCUGUACGAGACCCGAGUCAGCAUCCGCAGGAUUCAGGAGUUCCUGAUGCUGGAUGAGAUCGUGAGAAGCAAAGCUGAACCGCCACUUGUUGGGAAAACGGAUGCCGCGGUGGUGAUCCAGGACCUGGUCUGCUACUGGGACAAGAGUCUGGAUGCUCCCUCUCUCCAGAACCUCUCCUUCACCCUGAACUCCAACCAGCUGUUGGCUGUGAUCGGACCCGUCGGCGCCGGAAAGUCGUCGCUGCUGAGCACCAUCCUCGGGGAGCUGCCCGCUGAAAGCGGGGUGCUGGAGGUCAAAGGUCAGCUGACGUACGCCGCCCAGCAGCCCUGGGUGUUCCCCGGAACCAUCCGCAGUAACAUCCUGUUCGGGAAGCCGCUCGAGCCCCACAAGUACGAGAGAGUCCUCCGAGCCUGCGCUCUGAAGAGGGACCUCGAGCUGCUCCCAGACGCGGACCUGACUCUGAUCGGGGACCGGGGGGCCACACUCAGCGGGGGGCAGAAGGCUCGCAUCAACCUGGCCAGGGCGGUGUACCAGGACGCAGACAUCUACCUCCUGGACGACCCUCUGAGCGCCGUGGACGCCGAGGUCGGGCGACACCUCUUUGAAAAGUGCAUCUGUGGCCUCCUGAAGAACAAGCUCCGGAUCCUCGUCACCCACCAGCUGCAGUACCUGAAGUCGGCCGACCAGAUCGUGGUGCUGAAGGAGGGUCACAUGGUGGCAAAGGGGAAGUAUGCGGAGCUCCAGCGGUCCGGCGUGGACUUCACCUCCCUGCUGAAGGAGGAGGAGGAGCCUCCUGGAGACGUCCUGAUGAGGACCCGGACGCUCUCCGAGAACUCUGUGCGCUCGCACACCUCGUCGCUGCACUCGGUCAAAGACGGAGACCAGCUGCCGGCAGAGACGGUGCAGACGGUGGCGGAGGAGAACCGCGCUCAGGGAAACAUCGGAGUGGCUCUGUACCUCAAGUACCUGAAGGCCGGGGCCAGCGUGGCGGUUCUGCUCGCCAUCAUCGGCAUGAACAUCCUGGCUCAGCUGGCGUACAUCCUGCAGGACUGGUGGCUCGCUCACUGGGCCGACGAGCAGGAGCAGCUGACGGCCAACGCCACGGCGACCCACGGCGCCCUGAACGCCACGGCGACCCACGGCGCCCUGAACGCCACGGCGGAGCUGAACAUCAACUUCUACCUGGGCGUUUACGGAGGUUUGACCGUCGCCACCGUCGUCUUCGGCUUCAUCAGGAACCUCUCCCUGUUCCACGUGCUGGUGAAGUCGACUCAGACGCUGCACGACCGCAUGUUCAGCGCCAUCCUCGGGACGCACGUCCGCUUCUUUGACAUCAACCCGAUCGGUCGAGUCUUGAACAGGUUUUCAAAGGACGUGGGCCAGCUGGACUCCAACUUGCCGUGGACCUUCGUGGACUUCAUCCAGGUGUUCCUCCAGAUCAUCGGGGUGGUCUGCGUGGCCGUGGCCGUGAUCCCCUGGAUCGUCAUCCCGGUGCUGCCGCUGCUCCUCGUCUUCAUCUUCCUGCGCCGCUACUUCCUGCAGACCUCCAGGAACAUCAAGCGCCUCGAGGCCACCACUCGCAGUCCGGUGUUCUCCCACCUGUCCUCGUCUCUCCAGGGCCUGUGGACCAUCCGGGCCUUCGGGGCAGAGGCCCGGUUCCAGAAGGCCUUCGAUGCUCACCAGGACCUGCACUCUGGGGCCUGGUUCCUGUUCCUGACCACCUCGCGCUGGUUCGCCAUCCGCCUCGACGGCAUGUGCUCCAUCUUCGUCACCAUCACCACCUUCGGCUGCCUGCUGCUCCGAGACCAGCUGGACGCCGGCGCCGUCGGUCUGGCGCUGACCUACGCCGUCACCCUGAUGGGGAUGUUCCAGUGGGGCGUCAGGCAGAGUGCAGAGGUGGAGAACAUGAUGACGUCAGUGGAGAGAGUGGUUGAGUACACUGAGCUGGAGAGUGAAGCACCCUGGGAAACCCAGAAGCGGCCUCCUCCCGAUUGGCCCAACAAAGGCCUGGUGACCUUUGACCGGGUCAGCUUCUCCUACAGCAGCGAAGGACCGCUGGUCCUCAAAGACAUCACGGCCAUGUUCCGGCCGAAAGAGAAGGUCGGCAUCGUGGGCAGAACCGGCGCCGGGAAAAGCUCUCUGGUCUCGGCUCUGUUCCGCCUGGCAGAACCUCAGGGGAAGAUCUACAUCGACGGGGUCCUGACCUCGGAGAUCGGACUCCACGACCUGCGCCAGAAGAUGACCAUCAUCCCUCAGGACCCGGUGCUGUUCACGGGCACCAUGAGGAAGAACUUGGACCCCUUCGGCCAGCACUGUGAUGAAGACCUGUGGAAGGCGCUGGAGGAGGUGCAGCUGAAGUCGGCGCUGGAGGAGCUGCCGGGGAAGCUGGAGACGGUUCUGGCCGAGUGGGGCUCCAACUUCAGCGUGGGCCAGCGGCAGCUGGUGUGUCUGGCCAGAGCCGUCCUGAGGAAGAACCGCAUCCUGGUGAUCGACGAGGCCACGGCCAACGUGGACCCCAGGACGGACGAGCUGAUCCAGAGAACCAUACGGGAAAAGUUCAGCGACUGCACCGUGCUCACCAUCGCUCACCGCCUCAACACCAUCAUCGACAGCGACAGGAUCCUGGUUCUGGACGCCGGGAGGAUCGAGGCCUACGACGAGCCGUACGCGCUGCUGCAGGAUCCGAACGGGAUCUUCUACAAGAUGGUGCAGCAGACGGGGAAGCAGGAGGCCGCCGCUCUGAUGGAGGCGGCCAAACAGGCGUACGACAGCAGAAGCCAUCCCGUAAUACCCAACGGACACGCGGAGACGGCGGACGGUAACCUGGUGAUCUACGAGACCGCCCUGUGA